AUGAAUGUGGCGACUGAUCGUUCACUCGUAUGGCUGCGCCAAGCACUAAUAGCUAAUGCGCAGGGAGGAUGCAUCGCCCAUUUCGAAAAAACGUCGACUUUCGAUGUUCCGGCAGCUUUCCUCGAUCAACUAUCCAACAUCUGCCCUCCCAAGACGACCAUUACUGAGCUGCCCAGUGAAUUCCCAUUACAAGACGUGAUGAAUGUCGCUCGUGCUGUCAAUGGACCGAUAGCGUCAUCUCAUAGGAGCAGUGUUUCGGAACGGAUAUUCUCGCCACGCUUUGAAAUCUAA